AUGGCGACCGCUCUUCACCAUUUCCAAAUUACCGAUCCAAACACGGCCUUACUGCUGAUACUGUUCUUCUUCCUAACUAUUCUAUUCCUAAUUAAGUUGCGGAAACGACACCGUUUUCCUCCGGGGCCCAAGGGUUUUCCGAUCAUCGGAAACAUGGGGAUGGUGAACAAGUUAACCCACCGCGGCCUGGCGGAGCUAUCCAAGGUGUACGGCGGCUUGCUCUAUCUGAAAAUCGGAAACGUCCACUCGAUAGCUGUGUCGACGGCGGAGAUGGCGAAGGAGGUCCUCAAAGUUCAGGACAUCGUCUUCUCCAACCGUCCAGCGACAAUCGCUAUACGCUACCUGACCUACGACCGGGCGGACAUGGCGUUCGCCCACUACGGGCCGUUCUGGCGCCAGAUGCGGAAGAUCUGCGUCACCAAGGUCUUCAGCCGCAAGCGCGCCGAGUCGUGGGCGUCGGUGAGGGAAGAAAUCCACGCGCUGAUCAAAUUCAUCGAUUCUAGGGUUUCCACUCCAAUCAAUUUGGGGGAAAUCGUUCUCGGAUUGACCAAGAACAUUACUUACCGAGCCGCAUUUGGAUCCGUGUCGCGAGACGGCCAGGACGAGUUCCUCAAGAUCAUGCAGGAAUUCUCGAAGCUGUUCGGAGCUUUCAACAUCGCCGAUUUCAUCCCUUGGCUUGGAUGGAUUAACGGUCAAGCUGCCUUCCAUCGCAGGCUGGAGAAGGCUCGCACUGCGCUCGAUGGAUUCAUUGAUAAAAUAAUCGACGAUCAUCUCCAGAAGAGGAAGAACAAGGCUUGCGGCGCGGAGGAGGAGGAGGAGGACGACAUGGUGGAUGAAUUAAUGGAGUUUUACAACGAAGAAGAUGAAGAUGAAGGUGAAGGCGAGGCGACUAAGAGUGAGUCAGUUUUAAGCAUUACCAGAGACAAUAUUAAAGCCUUAAUCAUGGACGUUAUGUUCGGAGGAACCGAAACUGUGGCGUCAGCAAUCGAAUGGGCAAUGGCGGAAUUACUGAAAAGCCCUGACGAUCUCAAAAGGGUUCAGCAAGAGCUGGCGUCCGUCGUCGGAUUUGAUCGGACGGUCCAGGAGUCGGAUCUGGAGAAGCUCACGUACCUCCGGUGUGUCGUGAAGGAGACGCUCCGCCUCCACCCUCCGAUCCCGCUGCUCCUCCACGAGACAGCCUCGGAAACCUCCAUCAACGGCUACAGAAUCCCCGCCGGCUCGCGCGUGAUGAUCAACGCCUGGGCGAUAGGCCGGGAACCGGGAGCCUGGACCGACCCGAACGUGUUCCGACCGGCCAGGUUUCUCGAGGGUGGGCCGGACUUCCAGGGCAGAGACUUCGAGUUCAUCCCGUUCGGGUCGGGUCGGAGGUCCUGCCCGGGGAUGCAAUUGGGGCUUUAUGCGUUGGACCUGACAGUGGCCAAUCUCUGCCAUUGCUUCAAUUGGGAGCUGCCGGAGGGGAUGAAGGCGGAGGAGCUCGACAUGAACGACGUCUUUGGGCUAACGGCGCCGAGAGCCGUCCAGCUUGUGGCGGUGCCGCGCCGCCGCCUCAGCUGCCCUAUGUCUUCUUAACAGUUUAUCAUUA